CUCGAGCUCUUGUGGGCGGAGUACAGAUUCCGGUUCCGGGUGUUUUCGUACCUCAGUCGGACGCUUUUCCGACCUCUGAUUAUGAUAUUUUAUCAGAAAAUUCUUUCGACUCGCGACUGAUUAAGGUGGUGUUCUUUUAAUCUAGAAGGUUCCGCUGAAGCCGUAAACAUGACGACCCGCUCGGAGAGGGAAAAGGCCCAGAAACUCAACGAGCAGCACCAGGCCAUCCUGGCCAAAAUGCUGAGGGAGGAAGACAACAAGUACUGCGCCGACUGCGAGGCGAAAGGUCCUAGAUGGGCAUCCUGGAAUCUGGGAGUUUUUAUGUGCAUCCGGUGUGCGGGCAUCCACAGGAACCUGGGAGUACACAUAUCCAGAGUGAAAUCCGUCAACCUGGACCAGUGGACCACAGAACAAAUCCAGAGUAUACAGGACAUGGGGAACACCAAGGCCAGGCGGCUGUAUGAGGCCAACCUUCCAGAUAACUUCAGACGACCUCAAACAGACCAAGCAGUCGAAUACUUCAUCAGGGAUAAAUAUGAGAAGAAGAAAUACUACAACAAGAACGUGAUUAAUGGGAGCAGCCCCAAAAACAGUAAGAAAGACGCCGAGCUAGACACAGGGAGCAAGGUGUCAUCUUACACCAAAAGUGAAGAGCCCAGGCCCGCUCCCAAAGUCAGCCCCGCUAAAGCCUCACAACCGUCUGUGAACCUACUAGGCCUUGAUGCACCUGCCGCAGCGUCCGCCAACACCGGUAGCACGAGCACAAGCCAGAACAAUGACCUGGAUAUAUUCGGCCCCAUGGUGUCCAACCCCCUUCCAUCAUCUUCAUCCACCGCUCAGUUUCCUCAGGUGAGCUCCAGUAACUCGGCCAGUACUCCAACACCACCUCCCGCUGCAGCGGUGGGAGGAGCCGGAGCCAGCUCAGGGUCGGUACAGGGUGACCUGGACCUGUUCAGUGACAGCAGUAGCGCCGCUAAACCGGAGGAUGCAGCCAAGAAGCCUCUGUCCAAGGACUCCAUCCUGUCCCUGUACGGAACCAACAGCAUGUCCCAGCAGGUCCCCGCUGCUGGCAUGUUCAUGGGCCCCUCUCAGAUGCCGUUUCCUGUCCAGGCCCCUGCCGGCUACCAGGCCUUUCCUGGUAUGGGCACCGCUGUUCCACCCACCACCGUCAUGGGGGCCAUGAUGGCUCAGAGCGGAGCCGCCAUGAUGGGACCCACACCAGGCAUGAUGGUUGGAGUAACGAUGCCGAACGGCUUCAUGGGGAAUCCGCCUGCUACUGGCAUGAUGGGCAUGGCCCCCAGGAUGAUGGGACCACAGAGUGCUGCGAUGCCUGCAGGCAUGGUGCCUGCUCAGGGCAUGUACACCAUUCAACCAGGCCAGCAGGCCCAGUGGAACAUGGGUCAGGUGAACCAGCAGAUGUCGGGCCUGACCCUGAACGGCGCCGGAGGCCAGUUGGCUUAUGGACAGCCCCCUCCAGCCGUGGGCGGCUGGGCCUCUGCAGGAUCUGGCCAGACUCUGAGCACACAGCUGUGGAAGUGAGGCUCGGAGCGGGUCGAGUAGGAGCCGAGGUUCCAGAGAGCAGCAGAGCGACCCGUGUGGACCUCACGGAGACCCGAUGGCCACUCCCAUCACGGACCAGCCUUCUGAACAUUAAACGUGUAUCUCUUCCUCUUCCCUCUCUGUCUCUCUCUGUUGUGUGAGUGAAUCGGGAGUUUCAGCCUGUCGUUGGUUUUGGAUCGUAACUUUAAUUUUCCUUUUUUGGAAAACAAAAAGAAAAAAGACAACAAGGAAAGAAGUCUGGCAUCGACAUAUCUGUAAAGCUGCAGGACCAGUUACAAGCUUUUAUUUGAUCACUGUCAUGAGAUUAUAGAACAUUUAAAGAAUAGUAUUUAAGGGAGCCGCGUGAAGCGCAGUACCGCUCCCGGAUGUACAGCUCUGUAUGACCUUUUAAAGUACUUGUGGUUCCCUCUAAAAUUAAAGAGAUGAAAGUCA